AUGGCAACCAACGGAGAUACCAAUGGCCAGACCACUGGCACUGGCGAGGAGAAAAUCAACACAGACAUCAUCACCCUCACUCGAUUCCUGACGGAAGAACAGACAAAGCACAAGGAAGCCACCGGUGACUUUACGCUGCUUUGCCAUGCCCUCCAGUUCUCCUUCAAAUCCAUCUCCUACUAUAUCCGCCGUGCUUCAUUGAUCAACCUCACCGGUCUCGCUGGUUCUUCGAAUACGACAGGCGAUGAUCAGAAAAAACUGGACGUAAUUGGCAAUGACCUCUUUGUCGCCGCCAUGCGGGGAUCCGGAAAGUGCAGAGCGCUCGUCUCGGAAGAGGAGGAGGAUGUGAUAUACUUUGACGACAGCAAGGAUGCCAGAUACGUUGUGGCCUGCGAUCCCAUUGACGGAUCGAGCAAUUUGGAUGCUGGUGUCAGUGUGGGGACCAUCUUUGGGAUUAUGAAGCUGCCUGACAGCGUCGUUGGCAAGAAACCUUCCCCAGAGGACCUGCUGAUGCCGGGCACAGAAUUGCUGGCUGCUGGGUUCACGAUGUAUGGCGCCUCCGCGCAACUCGUCAUCACCAUGAAAGGUGGUUCUGUCAAUGGAUUUACACUGGACAAUGCCCUAGGAGAGUUCAUUCUCACACAUCCCAACAUGCGCAUUCCCAAGAAGCGUGCCAUCUAUUCCGUCAACGAAGGAAACUCUCUAUACUGGACGGACAAGACGAAGGCAUACUUUGAGUCGCUCAAAUACCCCACCGAAAAGGGCGGCAAACCAUACAGCUCCCGCUACAUCGGGUCCAUGGUUGCCGACGCAUACCGCACUUUACUGUAUGGAGGCAUCUUCGCAUACCCAGCCGACAAGAAAUCCCCCAAAGGGAAACUGAGGAUUCUGUAUGAGUGCGCGCCUAUGGCAUUAGUGAUGGAGAAUGCCGGUGGCAUGGCAGUUAACAGCAACAUGGACAGGAUGCUGGAGGUGAAGCCGGAAGGGAUCCAUGACCGAAGCGGAAUUUUCAUGGGGAGCAAAGAGGAGAUGGAGAAGGUCAUUGCGGCGCACAAGUAA